AUGGAAGAAAUAAAUCAGUUAUCUAUUCAAAAUUCAUCUCAAGCCCAGCCAGACAUCAAGAAAUUCAUCAAGCAUAUGCACAAAAAAAUCGAGGAAAUUAAGUUGGAAAUGCACGAUUCUAAGCAAGACUAUGAGCAGCUAAGAAGUGAGGCAAAAGCUAUGGAAGCUCAAAAUAACAGAGAUACCAAUGAUAUAACUGAUAGGAUUCUUGAUGAGCUAGAUAGGAUUGAGCAAGAGUUCAAAAAGCAGGCAGGAGAAUCCAAAACUGAGAGUGGCUUUUUAAAGCAGCAAAUAGCAAGCGUAACCCAAGAAAAAAUGAAACUGGAACAAAAUUAUUUGUUGCUAGCUACCCGGGUGGGAGAAGCAGAAAGAGUUAUAGGAAUCGAAUUGAUGCUUCCUCAUAUCGAUGAUCCAAGAGGUUAUGAAUAG